AUGGCGAGCCAGCUGACGGAUCGAGAGAUGGAUGACCUCCGUGACAAUUUUGGCUUGUACGAUACAGUUGGCGAUGGCAAAGUCGAGUCGUCGAACGUCGGCCAAGUUCUGCGAUCGUGCGGACUUAAUCCAACGAAAGCUGAAGUCGAAAAGGUGAUGAGAGAUCUUGACCCGAACGGGAACAAACGCAUUUCUUUCGAAGAGUUUGUCCCCGUAAUGAUGUCUUUUCGCUCCCGCAAGCAUAAAUACGGUCAGGAAUCGUUCAUCGACAGUUUGAAAGUUUUUGACAACGAUGGAUCAGGAACGAUAAGCUCGGGAGAACUUCGACAUGUGCUGACGAGUUUAGGAGAACGACUUCGUGACGAAGACGUGGAUACCUUAAUUCAGGGCUUUGAGGAUAACACGGGGCAAAUUAAUUACGAGGAUUUUGUAAAAAGUGUUAUGAAUGGUUGA